CACACCAUUAAUGGAUAACGAAAAAUUGAUGAUAAUUAACGUUCACAAUUACUUUAAGAAGGAUAAAUCUAUAAGGGAAAGCCUUCAGAAGCUACCAUUACGCAAGUGGGUUGCUGAGAUAUUGGGUGUAUCUGAGGCUGAGCUUUUACGUAUGAAGGUUCUAAGUGCUAAUAAAGCGGGUGAACACCUUUUCACAUCUAUUCUAAGACAAUUUCUUUCUGAACAAGAAUAUACUAUUUCUAAAUGGAAGCUCCUUCAGAUACUACAUAGCUUGGAAUAUUAUUUUGACCAGGAAGAGUUUGCUAAUUUGAAAGGUAAAAAUGAUGUUUCACACCACCCAGAGGUUUUCCUUGAUAAGUCGUAUUGCUAUUUGCAUCACACUUCGCAAAACAUAUGGGUUCCCCAUCAAGGUGUUGUUUUAUCACCUGAGCAUGGACUUUUAGUAGUAAUUUUUGGUGCAAUUAUA